AUGAGUUCCCCGGGCCUGUUUUAUCACGAGAAAGUGCCGGCCGGCAUUAUUGUCGCCCAGACGAUUGGCAUAACAUCGGUUGCCUUCUUGACUGGUAUGAAUGCGUUCCUUUCCGUGGCCGUUGUCCCUGCAGUCAUGCGGGCUCCUGCAGGGCUUGCGGCUUCUCAGUUCAAGACGUUUUAUGUCAUGCCCACAAACAAAAAGCUGCUCGGCAAAGCGGAUUCGCUGGCAAGCGCUGAGCUCACGGACAAGGCAGCUGAGGCUAGUGUUGCGAAGGAGGAGACUGUGAACGCGCUGUUGGACAAAUGGGCCACGCUCAAUCUCGCUACGCUCCCCGCUACUGCGGAGCAACCAUCCCCGCUUGGCCAAAUACCGCCCGCGUCCGACACUGACUCCAGGAACGUCCCUUAUACUGCUCUUCAGGGCGCUGGAGUGCCUCGCGGGCUCGCCUCCUGCUGCUUACUAUUCUUUGGCCUUGAGCCCAUACGCUUCUUCUACGCCCUUCUUGCAUAUCCGCCUUCGACCACUCCUACCUACAGCCGGCCUAUCACGCAAUCCUCCCUACGCCUCACCUCCUCCCUCGCCGCCAUGGAGCCUCUUUCGAUUGACUCGAUUGUCAUUGACACUCCUUACAACACCUCUCCCUCUAGUCCUACGAGUCCUACGAGUCCCUCGACCCCGCAUAGCGAUGCUAUACCCAUUGUGCCGUCCAAGUUGAAGGGCCGGCAACGCCUGCUUCAAGGCCUACAACGCAUGUCGUCUUCGCCGUCUCUGGCUAAGAUGGGGAGGACGCCUUCGUCCGGAUAUCGUAGUGGAGGAAAAGCAUCCAUGUCAUGUGUCUCGCUAUCAUCCGGCUCCUCAUACAGCCACUCGUAUGGGAGCUCAUACUCUUCCGAGAUGUCUGUCGGGUACUCCACCGCGCCGACAUCUGUAGCAGGAAGCCCAGGUCCAGGUAGCCCACUUAGUGACGAGAGGGCUCGCUUUUGCUUGGUUGGCCAUAGCACGCCUACGUCCGUUGCCCUCCCGUCAGACCUGAGGCCCAUGUCACGCCAGGGCAUGGACUUCGAAGGAGAUUACUUUACCACACCAAUGACCCAUGUAAAGCCCCUACAGAGAAGGGAGAACUUCAACUUCUGGGGAGAUAUGCCAGCUGAGAUCCGGAUCCAUAUCCUCCAGUACCUCAAGCCUAAGGAAAUCGUCCGCUGUUCCUCCAUCUCAAAGUCCUGGCAGUCAAUGUGCUUCGACGGCCAACUCUGGAGUAACCUCGACACCUCGGAAUACUAUCAGGAUAUCUCAGCCAACUCGUUAGCUUAUAUCAUCAACUCUGCCGGGCCGUUUAUACGCGACCUCAACCUGAGAGGCUGCGUACAGUUACGGGAGCGGUGGAACAACAAUGGAACUGCUCUAUCUGACGCAUGCCGGAAUCUCGAGAACUUCUCCCUUGAGGGCUGUCGUAUUGAUCGGAGCUCCAUUCAUUGUUUCCUUGUCCAAAAUCCUCGCCUAGUUCACAUCAACCUCUCGGGGCUGGCAGGAGCCACCAAUUCCGCCAUGAAGAUCAUUGCACAGCACUGCCCACGAGUUGAGCAUUUGAACAUCUCGUGGUGCAAUAAUAUUGAUACCAGGGGCGUGCGUAAGGUCAUUGAGGGAUGCCCGAACCUCAAAGAUCUACGCGCUGGUGAAGUUCGUGGGUGGGAUGAUGUCGACCUUAUGUUCGAAAUUUUCAAGCGCAACACUCUCGAAAGACUCGUCUUGAUGCAUUGCGACAGCCUCACCGACGAUUCGCUAGCAGCUCUGGUUGUAGGAGUCGAUCCGGACAUCGACAUUUUAACUGGUCGACCAAUGGUACCCCCACGCAAGCUCAAGCACCUCGAUCUUACUCGUUCUCGUGGAAUAUCCGACACCGGAAUCAAAGCUCUAGCACACAAUGUCCCAUUCAUGGAAGGUCUUCGACUAUCCAAAUGCCACUCCCUGACCGAUGACUCGCUAAUGGAUCUUCUCCCGACUGUACCUGUCCUCACUCACCUUGACCUUGAAGAACUAGAAGCUCUUACCAACGCAACACUACAGAGCCUCUCUACAUCCCCAUGCACUGCGCACCUUCGCCAUCUCAGCAUCUCCUAUUGCGAGAAUCUUGGUGACGCAGGCAUGCUACCACUGUUGAAAGCAUGUUCCCGAAUCGGCUCGCUGGACAUGGACAAUACUCGAGUAUCUGAUCUGGUUCUCAUCGAAGCCGCUGCAUGUGUUCGUACCCGGAAUCGCGCCACGAGACCCCUGUCUGGUUCGGAACGACCCCGCGUAGGCCUCAAAAUCGUGGCAUAUGAUUGUGCAAACGUCACUUGGACCGGCGUCCGUGAGAUCCUUUCCCGCAAUGCUGAGACUGUUCACUCCACACCGACCUCGAGCUCCACUACUAGUGAAGUUACUAGAUAUCCCGAAGUCAUCUCCCUCAAGUGCUUCUACACGUACCAACCAACCGUUGAUGAGCACACUAAACGUGUUUUGCACGGUAACUACACAGCUGCGAAUCGCUUAGAAAGGAAGUGGGCCGAGUAUAUGAUGGCGACUGAAGAAGCGGAUGCUGGCGGUACAGGAGUGGGCGCAAGGAGGCGGAGGCGUCGAGCUCGAGAGGCCCGUCUGUUACAUGAAGAUGAAGAGGACGGUGGUAUCGAAACAGGUAACGGGGGCAUAGGCGGAAGGCGGCGACGAGCUAGGAGCGGCCCCGGUGGCUGUAUCAUCAUGUGA